GGACGAAUGCCAAACCAGCAGACAGCAGUCGCCAACGCCAGUCAGUUAGCGACAGUGCGAGUUAGUGGGUAGUCAUGGCGCUCCGUCCCUCCCAGAUAGCAACAGGAGAGUCCAGGCCCAGGUUUGCCGAGCUGAAUAAUCUGGCGUCAGAAAAGCUCGGCGCCAGGAUCCUGUUUGCCACUGAUGACUGGUUCGCGGUGGCCGAGAACCUCCUCAAGGACAGCGAGGCGGAAUGGAGGGAGGGGGAGUUCACCAAGUGUGGGAAGUGGAUGGAUGGAUGGGAGACCAGGAGGAAGAGGAAGCCUGGACAUGACUGGUGCAUCAUCAAGCUGGGAGUGGCGGGAGAAGUAGCGGGCGUCGACGUGGACACCUCCUUCUUCACGGGAAACUACGUGCCUCGAGUGUCCCUGCAGGCGGCGACGCUGACGAAGGAAGAAGAGAAUCUCAUACCAAAAAGAAAAAGUGAGAUGGGAAGUGAGGCGCUUGAGAAAGACUUGGUUGCUGUGGCGAGACUCGGAAGUGAGAAGUGGCAGACAAUCAUUCCAAUCACAGAGGCACGGCCAGGGUACAGAGACACCUGCCACACCUUUCUACCUUCCCUUUGCGCCUCCACUAGGUACACGCACCUUCGCCUCAACGUGUACCCCGACGGAGGCAUCGCGAGGCUCAGAGUGUUUGGCCGUGCGCUGGCUGACGUGAGCCAAGUAUCGCCUUCUAAGGUGAUGGACUUGGUGUCUCUCAGGAAUGGCGGCGUGUGUCUGGCUUACAGUGACGCCCAUUACGGCCACCCACGUAACCUAAUCAGCCCGUGGGCGCCUGUCAACAUGGCGGACGGCUGGGAGACUGCACGGAGACUGGACCGCCCGUCAAUCCUUAAAGAAGGCGCUGACGGCGUGUUGCAGGUGGCUGGGUGGGAGUGGGCGCUCUUCAAACUUGGACUCCCGGGCACAGUGAAGGGGCUGGAAGUCGACACGUAUUUCUUCAAAGGCAACUUCCCUGACUCGUGCCGCGUGGACGGGUGCUUCGUGAGUGACGAGGAGGUGCCUGACCCCGCACUGGAUGGCGCCCCCUGGCUGCCCAUCCUGCCCUCACAGAAGCUUAAACCGAACGCCCACCACGACUUCAGCAAGAAAGUGCGGGACAUUGGUGUUGUCUCCCACGUGAGGCUGGUCAUGGCGCCUGAUGGAGGAAUAAGCAGGCUCAAGGUCUUGGGCACAGCGAAUCCUUCUGUCUGCAGCGCCUCCUCCUCCCCAUCCUCUGUUCUUAUCUCAAAGCUGUAACAGGACCAUAUUCUCAAACAGUUCUGCGCCGCACCUCCACUGCUUUCAAAAGGCUCUAGUUGAAGUUACACGGGUUUUUAAGGGUGUUUUUUUUUUUAUAUUUUUUUUUUAUGGUUAUAGUGACAGAUUAUCAUGAUUUUUGCAUUAUCAACAAAAGAAACACUCUUAAGAACCCGGUUAAUUAUCUCUGUGGCCUUAGAAAAUAGUCGUGGUGAGAGAGCAAAGCGUUUUUGAAUAUGGGCCAUAUUUGUACCGUCUUGGGGUCAGUGCAAUGUGUUCUUCAGCUUUUAAUUGUUGUUUCCUUUGUCUUGUACUAAGUCUACAUACGCUUUUUGUUAAUUGUAUUAUUGUGUUCUCUUUUUUCUUUUUUUCUUUUCCUUCUUCUUCUUCCGUUUUUUUUAUCUCUUUUCCUUUCCUCCACUGCUUUUUUAUUCUUACUUCAGUUCUUGUUCUUGUGGUUUUUGAUGAAUUUUCUCUUUUUCUUCGCGUUUUCAGUGUUGUUCCGCUCCCUCUUCUUAUAUUUCAUCAUUUAAAGGUAAACUCUCUCCAUCUACUUCUCGCUUGAAAUUCCAGUAUAUUCUUAUAUCCAGACUUGGGAGAGAACACUUAUUAUGGUCUCCCACGGCUGCGGUACUGAAAUAUAUCACACUCCUGCACUCACGGUCAUUAAUCACACUAAUACUAGUACUAUUGUCAUACAUACUUUCAGUUAGUCAGUCGCUGGACACACGCUACAUAACCCUAACGGAGAGGCAACGAUAGAGUCACAGGUUAUGAUUCAGUGUGAGUCAGGAUUGUAUUCUGUAACACUUCUGCGCCGCACCUUCACUACUUUCAAAGGCUUUACUUCAAGUUACACGAGUGUUUUCAAGGGUGUUUUUAUGGUUAUUGUGACAGGUUAACAAGAUUUCUGCAUCGUUAACUGAAGAGACUCUUGGGAACCCAGCUAAUCAUCUCUAUGACGUUUGAAAAUAAUCGUGGUGAGAGAGCAACGCGUUUCUGAAAACGAGCCUCACAGCUGAUGUACAGCAUUUUCACCUCAGUGUACGAUAAUUCGCUUAAUCUGAAAUUACCCCAGUCCUCCAAGCAAAUUUCCAUGAUGAACAUUUUACCAAUAAAAUUUUACCCUAAAUAAUUUCCUAUCGAUAAUUUAGGUUAGUUUAGCUUAUGGGAUCUUAUGUGGGGAAGUUAUUUUGGGGUGAAAUUUACAGAGGAAUCUUCGUGAGCGGAAUUUACUUCGGUGGAAUUAGAAUGUAAGUGGAAAUUAUAAAGUUGCACACUAUAAUAUGUUACGUCAGAGGAGGUGUUCGGUUAUGUGAUAAACUUUUGUCUCAAUGUACAAUAAUUGCCACACUUGUUGAUCCUGAGCACGCGAGACGUGUGAUGGAAUGUCAAACGUUUCAGCGUCUUGUCUCGAAUACUGCUUGCAGGCUCUGAAGGGAAUUAUUUGACGCCAUCAAGAGAGUUUUCAUGACUACAGUGAUAAUUUAACAAGAACUCUGCAUCUUCCACAGGAAAGACGCCCUAGAGAACCGGACAAACCAUCUCUGGCGUUUUAAAUUUGAUCUCAUGAGGCAACAACUUUUCAAAACUGACCUUGAAUCAAUACAAUAUGAAGGUGAAUCUGCUCUUGCUAUUGCGCCAAGGCUUAUCACGGUAACGAAAUACGAUACAUUAGUGGAGUGCAGUGUGAGAAAACGAAGUGUGUAGGAGUUAGUUUAUGUUACGUUGUGUCGUUAUGUUGUGCUUUCAUCACUCUUUCGUCCCUUUCACUUGUAAAAUCAGGAACUCUACACCUGCUCCUGUUCUUUCUCCUUCUUAUGACUUGAGCUGUCCCAAAAGAGAGGAAUUAAAAAACCUUUGGAACUAAACUGACCAACUUUUUUAUUUUUUUAUUUGAUGAAAGUGGCAAAAAAAAAAAAAAAAAAAACAAGCUUUUUCCUCUCUCUCUCUCUCUCUCUCUCUCUCUCUCUCUCUCUCUCUCUCUCUCUCUCUCUCUCUCUCUCUCUCUCUCUCUCUCUCUCUCUCUCUCGUCGAAAUAUUACAAAAAAGAACAAAAAGAAAAGUAAAGGCACCACUCUUCCUUGAUUUCCAAACAAUAGCAACUUGACUCGUAUCUCACCAGACAGCCACCAAGUCUCAUGUCUCGUGGCCUCUCUGCUGACAAUGUACCUAACCUAACAUACUCUGUACCAUACCCUGAAAUACUUCUCAUCACUGCUUGAUUAUUUUCAGAAGGCUGUAGUUGAAGUUUCACGGGUUUCAAAGGGUGUUUUUAUAGUUUAGUGACACCAACAAGAUUUUUUACACUUUAAAACAGGAGAAACAACACUUGAGAAUCUGGCUAAUCAUCUCUGUGGUCUUGGCAAAUAGUGAUGAGAGAGCAAAGCGUUUCUGAACACGGACCAAUGUAGCUUGCUUGUCAUGAGCGUCUCAGUGCCAGCUUUCCUUGUUAUAUUUUGAUGUCAUCUUAAAUAAACUUUUUUUUUU